AUGUGUAACUGGGAGGAAACCGUCUAUGCGUGCCAGCACCGGAGCAAAGUCCGUAGGCAAGCUUACUCCUGCACCGUCUACACUCGCUACAUAUACGGUGAAUGCCGGUUCGACAGUCGCCGCGACAAGGUUUUCAAAGUCAUCAGCUAUGAGGACUGCGAGGACUGCAGGAGGUUGUACGAGUUUGUCAACUUCUAG